AGAGGAUAUUUUUCCUUGAGGGUCUCUUGAAGAAACCUCGGUGAAAUCAUGGACGCUGAUGAUGACUUGGAUCUGUUGGCCUCCCUCCUGGAAGAAAGUGAGGCAACUGAGGAGGAAAAUUCUCAGGAGGAAGAUGCCCCAGGUGGUGAGGAUAGAGAACCAGAUGCAUAUGAUGAGCUCUUCGAUGCAGAAGAUGAUGCAUCCUACACUGAGGGGGUCAGUGAUGAAGACAACUUGGUUGAAGAACGGAAGGAAAACCUGGCUACACUGUUUGGAGAUGUGGAUGAUCUGCUGGAAGAAGAGGAAGCAGAAGACACUGUCCCUACUUCAACUCCCAGUCAGGCAAAAGAGAAGACCAACCAAGAACUUCAAGCUGAGCUGAGAAAAUUGCAAGAACAGAUGAAGACAUUACAGGAGCAGUUGCAGAAGACUGCUAUUGGGCAGCAAUCCAGUUCAGGCCCUGAGAAAAAAACACCUGGUAAAUCUCCCUUUCCAGCCUUAAAGGAAAGAAAAGUUCAGAAGCUGCAAGAGUCACCAUGCUUCUCAGCUCAACUGGGCAAUCCUCUACCGCCAGCCAAGCGUGAAAUCCAGAAAUCAAAAGCACCUUCAGCAGAGAACAAGACUCCUCCUCAGCAAGUCCUCAGUCUGGCAUUCCAACCUCUCAAGCCUGCAGCAGGGAACACUCCCAGUAAGGUGACCAGAGAGAAGACUCCUCAUGUGCCUCCAUCCUCCAGUGCAACAACUCAGCCUGUGUCUGUGGAAACCUUCUCAGGACUGAGAUUAAGAAAACCCCGGGUGUCUUCUGCUGAAAUGGAGAGGAAAAUGGCUAACCGGAAGCUCAUCCGACUGUCCCAGCUGAAAAGCAAACUUGCUGCAGAAAAACUGGAGGAAAUAGACUGGGUAACAUUUGGAGUCAUAAUUAAGAAGGUGACUCCUCAGAGCACAAACAAUGGCAGAACCUUCAGCAUCUGGCGACUGAAUGACCUACGGGAUCUCAGUCAGUAUGUCUCACUCUUCUUGUUUGGAGAGGUCCACAAAGAGCACUGGAAGACAGACCAAGGCACUGUCAUCGGGCUGCUCAAUGCUAACCCUAUGAAACCUAAAGAAGGAUCAGAUGAGGUGUGUCUGUCUGUUGACCAUCCCCAGAAGAUCCUCCUCAUGGGUGAAGCUCUGGAUAUGGGCACUUGCAAAGCCAGGAAGAAGAAUGGAGAUCCUUGUGCACAGAUCGUGAACCUGAAAGACUGUGAAUACUGUCAGUAUCACAUACAGUCCCAGUACAAGAGGAUCAGCUCAAAGCGUGCAGACCUGCAGUCCACUUUCUCUGGCGGCCGCAUUCCCAGAAAAGCUGGUCGGAAGAAUCCCAGCUUGAAGGAGAGGCUGUGUCAGGAUGGGUUUUACUAUGGAGGUGUCUCUUCAGCAGCAUAUGCAGCCUCAGUUGCAGCAGCUGCAGUGCCAAAAAGGAAGGUUCAAACCACGCUUUCCAACCUGGUUGUGAGAGGAGUUGAUGCAAUUGUCCAGGAAACCAAGCAGAAAAUUGGUGCAGCAAAAAGACCCAUGCAAUGUUCUGAGGAAUUCAAGGAACUGUUGGCACAGCCAACUUUCGGAGCACGAAACCUCUGCAAACACUGGACCAAAGCAGAUGCUGAGAAGAAACAAGAGGCCAGUUUCCAAUCUAUCUCAGCUUCAGCACUGCUUAAGCAACAGAAACAGAAAUUGCUGGAGGCCAGAAAAAAGCGAUCUGAAGAGAUUCAGAGGAGGUUUCUCCAGAGCACAAGUAAAGCCAGCAGCCCUGCUUUGCCAUCCUCCUCCAGACAGUCCUCGGUCCAUUCCCCAAUGCCUGGGGCAGAGUUUCCUAAAGCUGCAAAAAUGUCAACUCCUCAGAGGCCCAGACUAGGCACAGGCUUCUCAGAAGGAGAAGAUAUCCUCUUCUUUGACAGGUCUCCACCUCCAACACCAAAGCUAGACAGCUCGGCAGAAGCCAAAAAGCUGGCUGCCAUACACCGACUACGAGCAAAAGGCCAGAUUCUUGCUAAAACUGACCCAAACAGUGUGAAGAGGAAAAGAGCCAAUGCUGAUGAGGUCACAGGAAUUGUUGAAAGAGUUGAGAAAAACGUUGUUCAUCUGCAAGGUGAGAAUGAUCUGGAGGAACUGGAGCCUGCCCAAAAGAAACGGCGUGAGCAGCUGGCCUAUCUGGAGUCAGAAGAGUUCCAGAAAAUCCUGAAUGCCAAGUCCAAGCACACAGAUGUCCUCAAAGAGGCUGAAGCUGAACUGCAGGAGCAAUACUUUCAGCCCCUGGUGAAAAAGGAAGAACUGGAGGAGAAGAUGAGGAGCAUUAAGGAAGUGAAGUGUCGAGUUGUGACGUGUAAAACGUGUAAUUACACCUAUUUCAAGCCUCUGGAGACCUGUGUGCAGGAUAACCAUGACUACCACUGGCAUGAAGCCAUCAAGCGAUUUUUCAAGUGUCCUUGUGGAAAUAGAGCCAUUUCCCUUGACAGGCUCCCAAAAAAGCCCUGCAGAACCUGUGGCCUCUUCAAGUGGGAGCGAGAUGGGAUGCUAAAGGAGAAAAAAGGCCCGAAGAUUGGUGGAGAAACACUUCUACCAAGAGGAGAGGAACAACCAAAAUUUCUCAAUAGCAUGAAGUGACCUGAAGUACUUUUAUCCCCCUCACAGCAUAAGGCUGGAUUUUUGUGCCUGAAACACAUGCUUCUGCACUGGAAUGCAAGAGGAUUCUAGUUUUAGGAAUGAGCAGGAGCCCCAAUUCCUGAUGAGAGGGACACUCACGAUGCCACUGCACAGAUCUUCAGCUUUCAUCUUUUGCAAACUGACUGAAUAGCGCUGCGUGGGAAAUGCACACUGGUGCCUGUUCCAUCUUGCUGACAAUUUGUUUACAAGGUUUUAAUCCAGCAAAGAGACAGCUAGAGUGGAAUUUGUCCCAAGAAAUCCCGUGGGCUCCCACCAUUUGUGUUAAAUGGCUGGUGUAUGGUGAUCCACCAAAAUAUGAAGCGUUAAAUCAUGGACUGCGAGAACUGUAGACUCCCUAAGCACUUGUGAAGUUAAUACUACAGUCUGUAAUGCCAGCCUGUCAUGAUUUCUCAGCUUUGGCUGAAAAGGGAUGUAAGAAGGUUGUAGCCACAGAGCAGUCUCUUGGCUCCAAAAUGACUCCCUUUGAACCCUUAAGAGCAGACGUUAAACAGUUCUUGGGUUGUCUCUGUGGCUUAGGUGUUGAAAACCUCAGUGGCUUUGGUGUUGCAAGCCAGCAGUGUUGGCACUGCUGAGUAGCUGGAGCUCUUUUGAAAGCCCUUUGGCUAUCACCUAGCGCAUCCUGGGUUCCCAGCACCACCUACACUACAGCACCUUCACAGCUCCCACUUGGAAAAGCAUUUUAACAAGCCCAGCACCAUUCAGCAAGCAGUUCUGAAGAGCUGAGCAGUUGUGUUUAAUGCAUUUUACCCUUUUUCUGACAUUUUAAAUUUUCCUGAUUUCUUUUUUUCCCAGCCAUCACCAUGUCGACCUUGGUUGCUGGCACUGCUGCCUGGUGGACAGCAGUGGUCUCCAGACAAGGUCUAGAAGGGGCACCUCCUGCGAAGGGCUGUCUUCAUUCAGGUGUUUUUCCAGAGAGCACAUCAGUGUAGGAUGGCUGUGGCAUUUGGACAGCGCUCCUUGGACCUGAUCCUUCUGCUCAUGCCCUGUGAGAUCACAGUGUAGUUUCACGUGCCUAAACCCACAACUACCUCAGUGAUUUGGUGAAACUGUCACCAAGUAAUGCUCUCACAAGUCCUGGUGGCCUUGUUGGUACCUCCUUUGUUUGCUUGCACAGGGGCUGGAAGACAAAUGUUACUUCAUUUGAAGCAAGGGGACAGAUUUACCUCAGUAUUUGCAGCCCUCAUCUACAGGUGCUUUUGCUGGGCAGCUUUGCUCUGGAGGAUGCCUUCAUUUCAGUCUCGUGUGGAUACCAUUUGAGGGGUUGGCUGUCACUCGGUAGAUGACUCAAUCUGUAACUGAGGCAUUGCUUGGCCAUGUCUCAUGUAGAUCUUUCAUAUCAGAAUAAAUACUCCAUGAGUUUG